AUGGACCGCUGGCUUAAAGGCGUUAAACGUGUUGCAACAAGUUCAUUUCACGAAGCCGAAUCUUCAAAAGCAGUACGCGGGGAGCAUACAGCAAUUACCGAUCCAGUUGAUAAGGCAACGACGUCAAGUUCUACGGCUUCAAAAGAAAAAAAGAGGAUAUAUGACGAAUCAUAUAUCAAUUUCGGAUUUGUUGAUUCCGACGGCUUACCUCUCUGCAUGUUAUGUAGUAAACUGCUUCCUAAUAGUUCCAUGGGCCCUGCCAAGUUACGCCGACAUUUAGAAACUGUACACCCCGAGUCUAAAGACAAGAGUAUAGAUUUUUUUGUCCGUAAAAGAGAACAGUUAUUGGAAAAUCAAAAAACUAUGAUGCAUAUCACUAAAACUAUCAAUGAAAAGGCCACGGAGGCAUCUUAUUUAGUUAGCUAUCGCAUUGCACAAGCAGGUGAAGCCCAUACUAUCGCUGAGAAUUUAAUAAAACCAUGUGUGUCAGACAUAGCAAAAUGUAUGCUGGAUGAAAAAUCUGCAAAGCAUCUUUCUACUGUGCCGCUUUCAAACGAUACUGUUUCACGACGAAUUCAUGAUUUAUCAACUUACGUCAAACAAGAAUUAGUUACACGUCUACAAAAAACACGAUUCGCAUUGCAAGUAGAUGAAUCGACUGGUGUCGCUGGUCUGGCUAUCUUGCUUGUUAUCGUGAGAUAUCCAUAUGAAAGUUCUUUUGAAGAAGAUAUGCUUAUGUGUUCACUGCUGCCCACAAACACUACCGGAGAAGAAAUUUUUAAUAAAAUAAACAUAUUUUUUGAGGAAAAUAAUCUCAGUUGGAACAAUUGCAUUGAUAUUUGUACAGAUGGGGCCAAAGCGAUGACGGGUAAUACAGCAGGAUUAGUGUCACGAAUAAAAAAUAGAGCACCUAACUGUACUUCCAGCCAUUGUAUCCUGCAUAGACAAGCUCUUGCGAUGAAGCAAAUGCCGCCAAAUCUAAAAUUAGUUAUGGAUGAAGCGGUAAAAAUAAUUAAUUUUGUCAAAUCACGACCACUACAGUUCCGAUUGUUCUCAUUAAUGUGUGAAGAUUAUGGAAGCAAACAUAAAACACUGCUGCUCCAUACAGAAGUGCGAUGGCUGUCUCGGGGUAAAACUUUGACAAGGUUAUUUGAACUUAGAGCCGAGCUACAAAUGUUUCUUUCAGAUACUUCUUUUAAUUUGAAAGACCGUUUGCAUGAGAAAACUUGGUUGUUUCGAGUGUCUUUUAUGGCGGAUAUCUUUCAAAAACUGAACGAAUUAAAUUUAUCAUUGCAAGGUAAACAGACAACAGUGUUCCAGGCCUGUAACAAGAUAACUUCCUUCAAAAGAAAAUUAGAUUUUUGGAUUAUUUGCGUUCGAAAGAGAGAAGUAGAAAGCUUUACGUCACUCAGCGAGUUUGUUAGCGACAACGACUCAGAAAUGUUUCAAGAUGAUGUAUUUGGAGAAUUGGUCCAAUAUCUCGCUUCAAUGCGCGAAUCUUUUGAGAAAAAUGUCAUCAGACACAAGUAUGGAGUUACUGUUCAAAACGAUGCCUCUCAACGAUUUUGGGUGCAGAAUUCGUGA